AUGUCGGUUUUCUCGUCAGCCCUAACGACCAUCGACGAGGCGUCAGAGGAGGAAGAAAAAGCAGAAGAGUGGAGGGACGAUGAUGAAGAGGAGAAAGCCGAUGGUGAUGAGUUGGAGAACGAGGAACGAGAGCCGGAGAGGGAGGAUUACAAAAAGGUCUUGGUACAGGGACAGAACAGGGAGAGGCAAGAGGAGGAGGAGGAGCAAGAACAGAAUGAGGCGGACAAAGCAGAUUAUGCGGUGGAGAAGGAAGAUGGUGAUGAUAAUGAUGAGAGAAAGAACAGGGAGCAGCAUCAGGAUAAGGCAGAUAACAAAGAAAAUGAAGAGGAAUUAGUAAAGGGGAACCAUGGACAGGAGAAGGAGAAGCAAAAGGAGGCGCAAAAGGAGAAAGAAGCCAAAAAAGAACAUGAUAAUCAUGAAAAAUUGGGGGCUGAGCUGAAGCAGCCGAAAUUGACGGCUACGCUGACCAUUUAUGGGAUCAAAGGCGAUCUAAACGCGUGGGGCGGCGUUUACGACGUUUAUGGAGAAGGUUUGUGA